AUAGGCUGGAGGCCAAGUUGGCAAACACAUUGCUGAGGAGCUUCUUAAAACUGGAAAACACACCGUUACUGCCCUGACUCGCGUUGGGAGCCAGAGCCAGCUUCCUCAGGGCGUCAAGGUCGUUCAAGUGGACUAUGAUGAUGAGCAGUCUCUAGUCGACGGCCUCAAAGGGCAUCAGUUUUUCUUCAUUUCUAUGGCUGUGACAGCUCCCAAAGACGCCCAAGAAAAGCUCAUUGCCGCGGCUGCCAAGGCUGGCGUGCCCUGGAUCAUGCCUAACUCUUACGGCGCCGACUUUGCUAACAAGAAGUUGAUGAAAGAGUCGAUGACUGACAGCACCGCCGCCGGAGUCGCUGCCGUAGAGAAGGCCGGCCUAUCCUGGAUCUUCAUGUCAUGCAGCUUCUGGUAUGAAUACUCGCUUUCCAUGGGCCAACCGUUCUAUGGCUUCGACAUCCCAAACAAAAAGGUCACUUUCUACGACGAGGGCAAGACGCGCAUCAACACAUCGACCUGGAGACAAUGCGGCAGGGCUGCAGCACAGCUUCUCAGCCUAAAGGAGCUGCCCGACGACGAGAACGACCAAUCACCGACCGUCUCCCAAUGGAGAAACAAGCCCCUCUAUGUUUCCAGCUUCCUUGUUUCCCAAAGAGACAUGCUGGACAGCAUCAACCGGAACCUCGGUACAAAGGACAGUGAUUGGGAGAUCGAUUACGAGGCAUCAGAUGCUCGCUACAAGAGAGCGUUGGAGAUGAUGCAGGCUGGAAACUUUAUUGGCUUUGGCAUGGCCAUGUAUUCUCGAGCAUUUUACCCCAACGGAGACUGCAACUUUGAAGAAAAGUAUGGUCUGGCCAAUGACGCUCUGGGGCUGCCCAAGGAGGACUUUGAUGAAGCUACCAAGUUGGCGAUUGAGAUGGCUGAGGCAGGAUUCGGCCCUCGCAGGAUUGCAGAAGUUAGUGGACGUCCACUGCCAGGCCACUGAACAGUUAUCCGAUCAGGAUUGCAGCUGCUUGGCUUGGGCAUCAGGGGAGCGGAUAAUGGCGAUGUUGACAGAGUUGCAACAACUGGAGGGGCUGAUUGGCUGAUUCGUGUAUGGAUACUGCAGGUAGCAAUGCAUUCAUCUGCCGUUUAUGCUUGAAGAAAGCAACUCUUUGGU